AAAAAAUGGAUGUACAAGAGGUCACCGAAAGUGAUUCCCAUAGAAAUUCAAUCAAUAAUAAUAAUGUUUUGCCACAAAUCAAUGUGACUAACGAGGACUCGGAUACCGAUUCUGUUGACGACAACUAUACCAAUGCAACCAAUGCCGACACAUACAGUGCGGCCAGUAUUGGCAGCUGCGAUGAUACGACAACACAGGGAGACAAUCUAUCGGUUAGAAGUGGCGGUGGUCUGGGAGGUCUGGGUGGAGGAGGGUUCGCCACAUUAGAUCCGUCGACUUGCGAUACACUAUCGGUCAGUGGCUACCAGUUUCGUAGGGAUUCAAUCAGACAGUCCCUUCAGUCAUCGCAAAUUGAUUUGGGAAAUGCCAUUGAAGUCAAUAACGUUUGUUUUGGUUACAAUAAAAAGACAUCGGUUUUGUUGAAUAUCAGCAUAAAUGUGCCCAAAGGCAAAAUCUAUGCACUGUUAGGGUCGAGUGGGUGCGGAAAGACAACACUGUUGAGACUGUUGUUGGGUCGUAUGAAACCAUCGAAAGGUCAUAUCAGUGUAUUUGGCGAACAACCGGGUGCUAAGACAUCCCAUAUACCCGGACCGGGUGUCGGCUAUAUGCCCCAGGAGUUGGCAUUGUUUACCGAAUUUACUAUUGAGGAAACACUGAGAUAUUUUGGUUCAUUGUAUCACUUGGACAGUGAUUACAUUGAAAAUCGUAUUGAGUUUUUAAUUAAAUUGUUAAAUUUGCCGCCAAAAAAUCGGAAAGUAUCGCAACUGAGUGGUGGCCAACAACGUCGGGCAUCCAUAGCCGUAGCAUUGUUUCAUAGGCCACCGCUUCUCAUAUUAGACGAACCGACGGUGGGCGUCGAUCCUCUACUAAGGUGUCGUAUUUGGGAAUACCUCGAGAGUCUAUGUCUUAAUGAAAGUAUGACAGUCAUCAUAACUACACACUAUGUAGAGGAAUCCCGGAGCGCCCAGACUAUCGGUUUUCUACGGUUCGGCCGAAUACUGGCCCAAUCGAGUCCAGCAAAACUACUGUCCCGUUACGACUGUGUAUCACUGGAGGACGUAUUUUUGCGGCUAUGCGAAGAAAACUGCGAAAACCUGAAACGUCGACUAUCGGUAAAACUGCAGAACCCGGCGGCCACUGGCCGUAAAAUGUCGAUAUUUCCGGCCGAUCAGAUCAGUCCGUUUUUGGAUCCGGAAAUUGCGGCGAAACUAUGGGUCGAACCGAAAUACAAACAAAAAUCCAUUGAUUUGAAACGGUUGAGGGCAUUGAUCUAUAAAAACUAUAUGAAACUUAAGGGUAAUCCGGCACUGGUAUUUUUUUUCCUAAUAUUACCGGUCGUACAGAUUACCUUGUUUUGUGAAUCGGUAGUCAAAACACCCGAUCGGCUACCGGUUGCUGUCUAUAGUCCGGAAAUUGGUGGCAACUUAUCGGAUGCUUUUCUCGACUCAAUUGAUCGGAAAAUGAUUAAACAAAUCUAUCAUAAAAGCCUGGAGUCGGCCAUCAGAUCGGUUGAAAAGGGAAAGGCAUGGUAUGCCAUUGAAAUCAGUCAAAAUUUUUCGGACGCUUUCGACAUCCGUGCAACCAAUCCGAACGAUAUGACCGACGAUGAGAUAGAGGACAGUAAGAUAAAGCUAUAUCCGGACCAUUCGGAUAACUUUAUCCAGCAGUUUAUCUAUCAAUCGCUGUUCGAGUCCUAUCAUCAGUUUCUGGCCACAUAUGUCCGAUCGAUUGGCCUGAAUCCGGCCACUGUAUCGUUGCCGAUAACCACUCAGCCGCCUGUUUACGGUGUCAUAGAGUACUCGCUGAUCGAUUCGAUAGCACCGGGAGCUAUAGUAGCUAUUAUCUAUACGACACCCCUAUUGUUGGCCUCAUUUCUAAUUGUAUUGGAGAAAAAAGAUGGUUUACUUGAACGUAGUUUUGUCAGUGGGGUUAGGAGUUUUGAGGUACUACUGUCCCAUAUGUUUACACUGGUACUGGCACUGUUGGUACAGGUUGGCCUGUUGAUGUUUGUUACGUUUAUUGUUUUCGGGGUGAAAAUUGCCGGUCCCACCAAUCAAGUCUAUUGGCUAGUGUUUAUGCAGGGCUUACUCGGAAUCAUAUUAGGACUGUCCAUAUCGGCAGUAGCGCCCAACGAAGUAGCCGCACUGCUCAUGGCGUUUGGUCUGGUAUUUCCCAUGUGGAUGAUAUGCGGGGUGUUUUGGCCCCUGAAUUCAGUACCUGAGCUAUUGAGAACCAUAUUCUAUAUGGCACCCCUGUCCAUACCUAUUGAAUCCAUUAGGCAUAUAAUAACCAGGGGCUGGACUAUUGAAUAUUUUGAUGUAUUAAGUGGCUAUCUAAUCAGUGCCGGCUAUAAUAUUGUAUUGUUUAUUGCAACUGUUUUUAUAUUUCAUUGGAGUUCAUCUGAAUAA